GGCAACUAAUGUUGAAAAGAGUUCUGGAAGAUGGAGGAUGAAGAAGGAUACAUGGCUAUUGACCCAGCCACAAGGGCAUCAAAUCCAACAAUACCUCCCAAGGAAACCAAAGAUCCUUCCUCCAAUCUUCUCUGGUGGAAAAUUGGUCUUGGUAUUUCACUGGCUGGAGUUGCUGUUCUCACACUGGUCUUGAUCCUUCUCACUUUUCGAGUUUUCCAGGGCUCUGCUGAAACAAUCUUACAACAUCCAGUGCUCUUCCCAGCAGACCUAUGUGACUCACAAAACAGGAGUGUGCUGGAAUAUCUCUCAAAACUCCCAAGGCACAACACAUGCAAAACUCCUUCUGCCUCAUGUUUACAACACCGACUAUGCCCACGUUGGCAUGGAAUUGUGCUGCAGGUUGGAUGGGCUGGAAACAUAAUCUUGGUGAUGGCAGUGAUAGUGUUGGGAGUCUUGGUUAUGAAUAAAAAUCUACAGUAUCCUGAAAAAGAGGCUGAAGCAGCCAAAUUGUCCCCAAAUGCAUAUCAGCACAGUCCUGCUGGUGUUGAAGGAAGCAAAAUGCUGGAGGAUUUCAGGUCUACCUUGAAACAAAAAUUAUGUGAGGCAUCAACAGAGGGUGGAAGAUGCUACUUGUGCCCCAUGACAUGGCUUCUGCACAAGAAUAAAUGCUACUGGUUUUCUGAAUCAAUCCAGCCCUGGGGAAACAGCAAGGAAGACUGUUUAGCAAAGAAGUCUCAGCUACUAGUGAUGGAUGAUCAGGAAGAGGAGGAAUUCAUCCAGAAAAGGAAACCAGUGCCAGUAUGGAUUGGACUUAGCUUCACAUUGCCACAUAAGAAAUGGAUCUGGGUGAAUGGCUCUCUUUUAAAUCAGACACUGUUUCCAACAAUACAACCUGAGGAAGACGGCUGUGGUGCCUUAUCAGUGAAUAAGAUAUUUCCUGAGCUGUGCACUACAGACCUUAACUGGAUUUGUCAGAAAGAAUCUGUACUCAUUUGAGUUUCUUCAUGUGAGUCCAUAGAAUACAAAAUAACCCAUGUAUUAGAAUCUGCAGCCCUCCAGAUGUUGUUGGACUCCAGUUCCCAUCAGCCUCGUCCAGAAUGGCCAAUGGUCAAGGAUGAUAAGAACAUAAGAAGAGCCUGCUGGAUCAGGCCAGUGGCCCAUCUAGUCCAGCAUCCUGUUCUCACAGUGGCCAACCAGGUGCCUGGGGGAAGCCCGCAACCAGGACCCGACUGCAAGAACACUCUCCCCUCCUGAGGCUUCCGGCAACUGGUUUUCAGAAGCAUGCUGCCUCUGACUAGGGUGGCAGAGCACAGCCAUCAUGGCUAGUAGCCAUUGAUAGCCCUGUCCUCCAUGAAUUUGUCUAAUCUUCUUUUAAAGCCAUCCAAGCUGGUGGCCAUUACUGCAUCUUGUGGGAGCAAAUUCCAUAGUUUAACUAUGCGCUGAGUAAAGAAGUACUUCCUUUCGUCUGUCCUGAAUCUUCCAACAUUCAGCUUCUUUGAAUGUCCACGAGUUCUAGUAUUAUGUGGGAGGGAGAAGAACUUUUCUCUAUCCACUUUCUCAAUGCCAUGCAUAAUUUUAUACACUUCUAUCAUGUCUGCUCUGACCCGCCUUUUCUCUAAACUAAAAAGCCCCAAAUGCUGCAACCUUUCCUCGUAAGGGAGUUGCUCCAUCGCCUUGAUCAUUCUGGUUGCCCUCUUCUGAACCUUUUCCAAUUCUAUAAUAUCCUUUUUGAGAUGAGGUGACCAGAACUGUACACAGUAUUCCAAAUGCGGCCACACCAUAGAUUUAUACAACGGCAUUAUGAUAUCAGCUGUUUUAUUUUCAAUACCUUUCCUAAUUAUUGCUAGCAUGGAAUUUGCCUUUUUCACAGCUGAUGCACACUGGGUAGACAUUUUCAUCGUGCUGUCCACUACAACCCCAAGGUCUCUCUCCUGGUCGGUCACCGCCAGUUCAGACCCCAAUGAUGGGAGUUGCAGUCCAGAAACAUCUGGAGGGCUACAGGUUCCCCACUCCUCUUUUAUAUGAUAAUGACAGAGCAGCAACCAUACAGAUGUGAAGAAAAAAUUGACUUGCUGGAUGUUACAUUCAUUCAGAGGUCUUAGGUAGCUAACUGUGUCUUUUGAAAUAGAUUCAGCCACCUGUUACAGUGAUGUUUUGCACAUUAAGGAACAGGAUAACCAUCUUUCACAAUGACACCUAGCCCGGUCUACACUGCCAUGACAUCCUGGUUGAAAAAAAUUCCUCUCUUACAACUGAAGAACUGAGACGCUUUCUCGGGCUGCUUUUCAAAUUCUCUUGCAAAAUUCCUUUCUUUUUAGAUGCAUGAAACAACUAAGAGGGGUGACUUGUAAGUGAGGAAACAGACUGGCACAUGAGCAAGCACAUCAUCAAUAUUUUUGCUACCCAUAUUUUUCUUUAAAAAAAUUAUUAUACAGAAAAAACUGAAAUGUUAUCAUUUUGCAUUAAAUAUAACAUACAAGAUGACAAAGAAUAAAAAGAAAGUAAAAAUAUACAAGUAUUAAAAGAUUGGGGGGUGAAUUCCAUAUUUAAACAUCAAGUAAUAUAUAUGAUAAUAUAUAUGAUUGUAUAGUAGCUUGAUAUUUAUUGUUCCAGAAAUCAACAAAGACCAUAAUCUCUCUGUGUAGGAUCUAGAAUAACUUACUGUAAAAUAGGUUAACAUUACAGUCCUAUGCAUAUCCAUAUCUACUCUGAAGUAAGCCCAAUGAGUUGAAUUGAAUUUAUUCCUGAACAAAUAUGUACAGAACUGCAACUUUACUUUGUUAAAAAGUAAAGACUUUUCUGAGCCAAUCUGAAAUGUGUAGCACAUGUGUAAGUGAUUAUUUCCAGUAUUUUGCUGUGCCUAUUACUG